UUUCUAUUCAUAUUCCAGCAUUCAAUCAUAUCUAUCAAAGGCGAACUUUUGCCAUUUAUCGUCAAGAAGCAAAUGUGUGAACAAAAAUUUAACCUAACGCAUGAUGCAAAUUCAAAUCAAAACCAAAAUUGUGCAACGGAGCCUGCCAUAACUAAAUGUUUUAUUUCCUUGGCUCCAGAGACUUCGUUUGGUCUGAGAAUAAAUACACUUCAAUCGUUUUAUCAGGCCAACCAGCAGAUUUAUAAUGUGUUCGAAACAGUAACUAAUAUGCCUGUUAGUUGCCUUAUAACUAAAACAUGUGAUGUACGAUCAACGCAAAUGGCACAAACUACUGUUGGUGAGCAAUCGGUUAUUCAAGAGAAAACCAGCAUAAACAAAUCAACUAUUGGUGCAAGCUGCAAAAUCAAUUCAAAAGUUAGAUUGUCUGAUAGCAUAUUGAUGGACAAUGUUGUUAUAGAAAAAAAUGUAAUAAUAGAAAACUCUAUCAUCUGUGACAAAACUGUGGUCAAUUCUGGGUCUGUUCUUCGAAAUUGUCUCGUCGGAUUUAACUACAUAAUUCCAAUGGGUUCAAAAAAUGAAAGUUCGAACCUGACAAAUUUGAACAACUUUAUGCCGAUUUAAUAUAAGACAACCAGCAAAUAAAAAAGUUGCACAGA